AUGGCACUGCCAUCACAUCACACACAAGUGCCACACAGUGCCACCUCCUUCACCUUCCUCGUCACCAUAAUAACAACAACAGCUGGAGAAAAAUAUGCGUUAAAAACACCAUUUUUUCUCCCUGAAAUACCGCCUGGCGAGCCAUUAUUUUUGACCACUGGUUUUUUUACGUUGUGCCAUAAACCCGGCGGGUUAAUGGUGGUUAUACCGAGGAUUAUAUACCCAGAAAAGUGGUUAAAAUAAUGUGAAAGUGGCUGAUUGCUCAAGGAAAUCGUGAUGACUCUUAAACAAUUUACAAGUUUCUCCUCUGUUUUAUUAUAUAUUUUAUUUUUUCUGCUUUAUUUCCCGUCUGUGUGUGAGGCAAUAAAGCACAAUAAUGCUCACAUUAAAGAAAAAAUUACCAGCACUGAGCUCUUAGCAGACAAUGACGAAGAAACACUCUUGGUAUCGACUCUCGACGGAGCUCUUCAUGCCAUUUCCAAAUCCUCUGGUGUUCUUAAAUGGACACUCAAAGAUGAUCCAGUCAUUAUAAACCCAACUGAUUCUUCACAGCCACCGUUCAGACCACAGUUCUUUCCCAACCCACAAGAUGGAUCCUUGUACCGGUACACACUAGGUCGUGGACGCGAACCACUGAAGAAACUACCGUUUACCAUUCCCCAACUGGUGGCCAACUCUCCUUGUCGUUCUAGUGAUGGCAUUUUUUAUCUUGGAAAAAAGACGGACUCGUGGGUUGGCGUUGAUUCCCUCUCAGGAGAGAAGCAGCUUGUGCUAGGAAUUGACAUUGUGGAUCGUAAGUGCCCUAAACCCUCCCGUAACACUGUCUACUUUGGUCGCACUGUUUACAAUAUCAUCCUCUAUGAGGGAUCGACUGGCAAUAAAUGGAACAUCAGCUUUUCAGAAUAUGCUACAAGUACUUCCUCAUCAUCUGUUGAAAACUAUGACUUGGUUCACUACACAUCUACUGGUCAAGGUUCCAUACUAACUGUAGAUCAGCAGACCGGCUCACUACUCUGGACGUUGGAGCUUGAAUCACCACUCGUUGCUAUGUAUCUCUUGGGUCCUGAAGGUGGAUUGUUAACAGUUCCCAUGAUAACUGUUGCUCCCCAAACUCUGACUCAUUUUACAGAAGAGUUUAUGCACCUCACACAUCAGUCUACAGAUGGUUCUGAUGGUCUUCUUGUUAAAAAAUUGAGUCCCACAAUCUACAUUGGAGAGUGCAGCUCAGGUGUAUAUGCAGUCCCUGCAUUGGUAGAUGCUAACGUAGCCACCAUCUCACGUAGAGGAUCCCAGCUGCUGCUAGAAGGUCCUCCUGGGAGUCGUGGCAUACUAGGAUCUCGCCAGUUUAAAAGUGCCAGCGAUGCAGAUGAAGAAAAGAAUCCAGAUGUCCUUCUUCUUGGUUAUUAUGAUAUACCUGAGAAAGUGAACGCUGAUUUGGUGAAAGCCAGCCCGGAGGAAAUGGGCGAGAUGAGUGAUCAUAUUGUACGACUUGGCAUCACACAUGAAAAAAACAACAGCCAGUCACCUAGGCCUCAAGAUGCUGUUAGAAGUGAAGCCAAAGAUGCUGACAACAUAUUUUGGGAUGGGCUGGCUCAGAUGAAGAGAAUGAACAUCAGUUUUGUAACUUCGGGAAAAGUUUUAAGGUGGUGGAGAGAAGUGCUUCGCAUGGCCGGGUUUUGGCUCGUCUCAGACACUGUUAACCUGCUUAUUGUCAUCCUCUUGGUUGGAUUUGGAAUAAUCACUUUUCUUCUUUAUAAACAAGCUCAAGGCUAUGCAAAACUCACACAAGAGAUGUCGUCGAGGCGCCUCUGGUCACAGGGAUCCAACAGCUCUGGAGGUUCAUCAGGCAAUAUCACAGCUGUAGCUGAGGAACUGGACAAUGGAUCUGUUAGUGUUGGCAAAAUUAUAUUUGAUCCUCAACAGUUACUUGGUAAAGGCUGUGAUGGCACAUUUGUAUUCAAAGGAACAUUUGAUGGACGUAGUGUGGCAGUGAAACGCAUUCUUCCCGAUUGCUUCUCUAUUGCUGACCGUGAGGUAGAUCUUCUUCGGGCAAGUGAUCAACAUCCAAACGUAAUAAGAUAUUUCUGCACCGAGCAGUGCCGUCAGUUCCGUUACAUUGCACUGGAGCUGUGCAGCGCCACCCUGGAAGACUUCAUUCAGAACAGGUUUAAGGCAAACAUCAGUAUUCUCAGCAUCCUCCAUCAGGCUACCUCAGGAUUGCAACAUCUUCACACCCUUGAUAUUGUACACCGAGACGUCAAGCCCCAUAAUGUUCUGCUGUCCCUGCCCAACACUCGUGGCCAGGUUCGAGCUAUGAUAUCCGAUUUUGGCCUGUGUAAAAGACUGGAAACCGGCCGAAUGUCAUUCUCAAGGCGAUCGGGCGUCACUGGAACAGAAGGCUGGAUUGCCCCAGAGAUGAUGCUCAACACCUCUAGACCGACAUGCAAAAUUGAUAUAUUUUCACUUGGCUGUGUGUACUACUAUAUGUUAACGAAGGGGAAGCAUCCUUUUGGACCUGUCUUGGAUCGACAAUCCAACAUCAUAUCAGGAAAGUUCAGGCUUGAUGAUUUAGAUCAAGAAAAGGAUGGCAGCUGCAGGGUUUUGAUUGAGAAAAUGGUGAGCAGCAAGCCCUCAGAACGCCCGCCCACCUCAGCUAUUCUCAAACAUCCAUUCUAUUGGAGCCCAGAAAAAAUUCUUGGCUUCUUCCAGGAUGCUAGUGACCGUGUAGAGAAGGAAGGCGGGGACAGCAUGGUUGUAAUGAACCUGGAACGAGGAGGUGUGGAUAUUGUCCAUGGAAACUGGAGACAUCACAUGCACCCUAUCGUAGCGGAAGACCUACGUAGGUUUAGAGACUAUAAGGGCCGCUCUGUGAGAGACUUGCUUCGUGCCCUCAGAAAUAAGAGGAAUCAUUACCAGGAGCUUAAAGAAGAAGCCCGGUUUGUGUUUGGUCGCAUCCCGGAUGAAUUUGUUGCAUACUGGACUGAUCGCUUCCCUAAACUUCUGCUGCACACCUGGUAUGCUAUGAGGUGUGUCAAGACUGAGCCACUCUUCAACAAAUACUAUGAUGAGAAUUACACUUUCACUCAGGUCUUGUGCUCACCUGAUCAGCCUUCCUCUCAAAAAGAUAUUCAACAUGAAAACUAUGCAUUUGCUCCCAACAAUCAACAUUGGGUAGGAACUUCUAGCAGUCGACCUGGAACUUCCAUGGAGGAUCAACAAAACUUUCCGUUUUCCUCACUGGAUGCAGCAUUACAACGGGGACCGACGAAAAACUCAAGAAGUUCCAAUAUAAGGGAAAGUCAAGAGGAGGCUGCCCCUCGUUGGAUUAUACGAAAGCCAUGCAAUACUUUUGAACCUCAGUAUAAAAUACUAGAGAUAAGAAAUACUGAGGGUUUGUGGAGAAGACCAUCGGAUACGACAGAUUUCAAGAACAUGCAGCAGGAUAACAGAAUUGAACCGAUUAUGGAAAAUAAAUCAAGUCCAAAAGAUCAACCGCAACAAGGGUGUCAAGACAGUCAGGAGAUAUUACCGAAUCAGGAAUGUGAAUGCUCAAUGAUAAGCAGUGUCAGAAACACCAAAGGCGAUGCCAGUGAGUCUAGUGAUAAUACUGAGCCUAUCCAAGACCAGGGAUGUGCAGCAGUGGAUGAUGGUGCUAAUACAAGCACCAAUGAUGUAAAUGAAGUUGCUCAAAAUGAGCAAUCAGACAUGAGGAGAAAUGCAUCGCAGCUGCGUUUUAGGGCAGUGUCGACAACACCCCAGAAUGUAUCAAGUGAAUCGGAAAAACAAAUCAAAUUUGUCACGGGUGUAGGGAAAAAAAAAAAGACAAAAAGAAUUGAUAUUGACAAGAGAAAAUAAAUAUAUUUUAAUAGAAACAUAAAUCUAUGUUUCUCAUGCUUUUAAGAACAAACUAUUUUUUAUAAUAAUGAUAAGGAGAAGUUGUUAGACGAGGUUUAACGUACCUAAAGUGUGUUAGCACCUGUUAGCUCAUAAAAAGCCUUAUGUACUUUUUUUAACUUUAUAACACCCAGCAAACUUUAAGAGGUAUUCUGUGAUACAAGUGCCUGGCUCUGUUUACCUUUCUAACCAUUAUUUUAUAAGCUCCAGAUUCCAUCUCACACCAUCUCUGUACUUGAGUUUCAACACUCUCAUUGGGUCACAACUGCCACCUUCUUAAUGGAAGCUUUCAUAGCUUGCCACCAAUUUUUUUUUCCAAGAUCACAUGGUUUUUUCAUGUAAACCCACCAUUUUGAAAAGGAUACUUCAGUAUCAGCAAAAAUGGUUGACCUACAACUGAUCUAUUUUCUUGAAUCUUCUCUUCAUACUAACAAAUAUCUCAGUGGUAGAAUAUUAUGAAGAUUUAGAUAGAUAAAAAUAGCAGGGAUAUGCAGAACUGUACAGUGCAUAAAAUGUGAAGCAAAGCUCAGGUUAAUGAGUACCAGUACAAUGAUUCCAUGACAAAAAAAAUGAACGGGAUUUUGAGUGGUCUGUAGGUGCAUCUUGCGCAUGUGGACAUCAUACAUGUAUAUAUUGUGUUUGCAGAGUGAAAUUCAUUCAAAAAUAAUAUGAUAGAAGAAAGAAACUUACAGCAAAGCAAGCUUUUAUAUACUUUAAAUGGACGUUAAAUAUUGUGUAAAUAAAGGCUUGUUCUGCAGUACAAGUUAUUAACUUGUCAUAUAUUGGUGGUACAAGGUCAUUAACUUUCUCAUUUAUUGCUUUGUUGAAUGAAAUGGUGGCUAUAUGUAGACACGUGCACAUAUACAUGUAUCUUGUAUUGUACAUAAUCAGUAAUCUUUUCCUCCCUAACAUCCUAUUCUCUGAACCUGCACAAUUUGCAUAGUUUUAACAUACCUAAAUAUAACGGUAAUUUUUUUCAAUAUACUGACCAUCUCCCACCAAGGCAGGGUGACCUAAAAAGAAAAUGAAAGUAUAAUGGUAAUAUUUUAAAGAAAUUUCCCCACAGGAGAAAGUGAUAGGAAAAAUGCCUGAGAGAUGCUCUGUGUAAACAAAAGUGAGUCUUGUGUACAGAACAAAGGUGAAAGUACCUGCUGUAGCUCAUGUGCUUAACAAGUGAAAGCUGCUAAUGCUGUUGUCGUGUACAUGACGACUUUUGAGAUACUCUACCCAAUAAUUAUUUAGAACAAUGCACUAAAGAAGAAUGGUAACCUUGUAAAUAGAAAUCAGUUCUUUUUUAACUCUAUGGCCAUCUGCCAAAGCAGGGUGACCCAAAGAAGAAAAUGCAUUCACCGAUAUUCACUCAAUUGCCAGAAGUGUGCUGACAUCACACUUGGACUAACCUCCAACUACAACAUUCCCCCACCCCUCCUUCAUAACUUCUCAGAUUUAUUUCUGAUUUUUUAUGGUUUGUCCCUAGAUACACUGACAUUUAGGGCAAUGAACGCAGACUUGGCUGCAUCAACAGAUAUUCACUGUCAGUCUUUCAGAGUAGAGUCACUUUUUCAGUAUUUUCCAGUACUAACCCAAAGACUGAAACUUGGCAAAAGCAAUGAUUUGAAUUAGAGAGCAACAAACUGAUUUUUAUCUAACUAAUUAGUCUGACAAACCAUGGAACAGGUGGGGUUUGAACCCAUGGUGAGUGACUCGCUUGCCAUGGCUUUAAACCCACCUGGUCUAUGGUUUGUGUCCAAUCGUGUUAUUACGAUUUCGUGCAUUGUAAUUAGGUUUUUAGUCAUCUUCGCAUUGCUGUCAAGUGUGAAAAAGUGUUUUUGUAUAUUUACGAAUUGGCCUCACAUGGCUCUUGCAUACAUACCAUAUAUGGACAGAUGUCUGGGGGGCUCCUCUGAGGAUACACAUGGACAAAUAUCUCGCCCUCUCUGAGGAUACAUAUGGACAAAUGUCAGAGGAUUGCCAGAUAGCUCAAACAAUUCACCACAUUUUAAUAGAAAAGAAAGUUUGUUUCUAUUGUCUUAUCUGUCAGAGAGCAUGUAGAAUUUAUUUUCUGCAUUUCCAGUGCCCCAAUGCACUUGCUAUAACUGUCUUUCUCACCAAAAUCCCCACCUUGCAUGCAUACUCCCUCUGACAAUUUAACACAGAUUAACCUCUUGCACCGAUUGUGCUAAUUUUACACCCACACUAACCUCCAUUAACCUCUACAUGUACUACACAAACCACCUCUCUCCUUUAUGACCCAUACAAGUUCCAUACUUGUUUUCCAACAUGCACAGCAUGCUAGCGGCUCUCUUUUGUGCUUAACAAUAUUUCAUGACAUGUAAACAUUUUGUACACUGCACAAAGAAAGUUUGUUUCUAUUGUUUAUAAUUUAUUAUUUUAAUCACAGUAUUAAAAGGACGUGAGCUGUAAUUUUAGUUUUUUAUGAUUAUUAAUUUUCCAACAUUUUUUUUACAAAUAUUUAGCAAUUAUUAGCUUUUUCUGUACUUAAUUAAAGCUACCUUCCUUUUGGAUUAAUUCUGAUUAUAACCCCCCACAGGUUUAGCACUUCCCCAUAAAUAAAAAAAAAUCAUAUUAUAAACAAACAUGGACAUUAAACUGAAAUUUUGGAAGUCAUAACAUUCACACACACAUACAGUAGUGACCAGCGAAGAGGCAGGGCCAGGAGCUGUGUCUCAACCCCUGCAACCACAAAUAGAUGAAUACAGUGCUGAUAUUUUUUGUUUAUCUAUUAGCCAUAUUUGGAUACUGGUUCGUUACAAUAUUGAAAAUUGUGCUGUGCCUUUUAUAUGGUUGUGAGGAUAGACUGUUUCGAAGAAAAAUAUAUUAAUCCAUUCAGAACAAGCUUUUUUUAUAUACAGUGGACCCCCGGUUCUCGAUGUCAUCGGUAUCCGAUAAAUCCGGUAUGUGAUGCAUUAUAUCGCAAAAAUUUUGCCUCGGUUCCCAUUAAAAAACCCAGUAUACAAUUCGUCCGAGACGUGUCCACGUGUAUGCCAGUGUUUACAAGCCAGCUAGUGUGCUUGCAUCUAAGGAUACAUUCGGUACAUUCCAUAUUAUCACAGUGUUUUUGGUGCUUGUUUCUGCAAAAUAAGUCACCAUAGGCCCCAAGAAAGCUUCUAGCACCAACCCUUCGAGAAAAAGGGUGCUAAUGACUAUUGAAAUGAAGAAAGAGAUAAUUGCAAAGUACGAAAGUGGAGUACGUGUGUCGGAGCUGGCAAGGUUGUAUAGUAAACCCCAAUCAACCAUCUCUACUAUAGUGACCAGGAAAACAGCAAUCAAGGAAGCUGUUCUUGCAAAAGGUGCAACUGUGAUUACAAAACAGCAACCGCAAGUGUUAGAAGAUGUUGAGAGACUGUUAUUGGUGUGGAUAAAUGAAAAACAGAUAGAAGGAGAUAGCAUCUCAAGCGAUCAUUUGUGAAAAGGCUAGGCAGUUGCAUGACGAUUUGGUAAAGAAAUUGCCUGCAACUAAUGGUGAUGUGAGUGAAUUUAAGGCCAGCAAAAGUUGGUUUGAAAGAUUUAAGAAUCGUAGUGGCAUACAUAGUGUGAUUAGGCAUGGUGAGGCUGCCAGCUCGGACCAAAAAGCAGCUGAAAAAUAUGUGAAGGAUUUCAAGGAUUACAUAGACAAUGAAGAAUUUAAACCUGAACAAUUGUUUAAUUGCGAUGAAACAGGCCUGUUUUGGAAGAAAUUGCCAAGCAGGACCUACAUUACUCAGGAGGAAAAGGCACUCCCAGGACAUAAGCCUAUGAAAGAUCUUCAUUAAAGGUAAGUGUCAUGUAUUCUAUUGUUAGUAGAGUACUACAAACUGUGCAUGUCUUCUUCAGUUUGUGUGCAUUGAACUUAAUAUUUCAUAUGGUAAAUUUUUUUUUUUCAUACUUUUGGGUGUCUUGCAUGGAUUAAUUUGAUUUCCAUUAUUUCUUAUGGGGAAAAUUGAUUUGCUUUCCCAUAUUUUUGGUUUACGAUGAGCUCUCAGGAACGGAUUAAUAUUGCAAACCGGGGUCCACUAUAUUUAAGAUGAAACAAUGGCACUUAUGCUCCUUGGAAAUUGCCAGUGAAACUGGUCAGCUAUUUUUUUAAGACUCGAGAUAGCUUUCACUGCCUAAUUAAUGUAUAGUUAUUAAGUAGAUGAACAGAGAUGGGGUAAAGGAGGUUUUGUGUGUGAGGGGCUUGGCCUUCCGGCAAGCGUGCGUGAGCGUAUUUAAUAGGAGUGAAUGUAGACAAAUGGUUUUUAAUACCUGACGUGCUGUUGGAGUGUGAGCAAAGUAACAUUUAUGAAGGGAUUCAGGGAAACCGGCAGGCCGGACUUGAGUCCUAGAGAUGGGAAGUACAGUGUCUGCACUCUGAAGGAGGGGUGUUAAUAUUGCAGUUUUAUAACUGUAGUGUAAAGCACCCCUCUGGCAAGAUGGUGAUGGAGUGAGUGAUGGUGAAAGUUUUUCUUUUUUGGGCCACCCUGCCUUGGUGGGAAUCACCCAAUGUGUUAAUAAAAAAAAAUAAAAGGUCAAAUAAUGUUUAAUUCUGUCAAGAAAGCUUAUAUUUAGCUUUUUUUGUGUGAAUUGAGUUUAGAAGCCAAAAGCUGUUGUCCAAUCUUUGCUCAUUUGAAAAAACUCCCUACGAUGCCACCCAUGAUAGUUAGGUAGCACACCAGGCUAGGUGAAGAGGAGCAGUAAAAUGUUGGGAGAUUUGCCCACAUGUCUCACCCAACCUGGGUAUCCAACCCAAGUUCCUUUGAUUGUGAACCAAGUGCUACACCAAGUGCUAUGACCAUCAGUGUUUAUGGCACUUUGUAUAUAGAUAUUUAUGUAUUUUUUUUUAACACGCUGGCCGUGUCCCACCUGGGCGGGGUGGCCUAAAAGGAAGAACAAAGGUUUUUCUUUUUUUCAAUUUAGUAAUUUAUAGAGGAAAAGGGGUUACUAGCCCCUUGCACCCAGCAUAUUGGUCACCUCUAGUGAAACGCAUGGCUUACAGAGGAAGAAUUAUACUUCUUGAGAUAAAUCCAAGUAAUCUGUUAGCCUUGUUGCACACACUUAGGCACUGCUGCCUUGGCUUUAGAUUUCUGCUUACCAUGACUCCCAAGUCUUUUUCACAUUCUGUAUGAUCAAGCUCUACUUCACCUAGUUUAUAGCUUCGAGGGUUAUUUUCAUUACCAAGGACUAGUACCUUACAUUUAUCAACAUUGAACUUCAUCUGCCAUUUUUCAGACCAAGACAUUAAUUUGUCCGGAUCCUCCUGGAGUUCAUUGCUAUCCUCCUCAGAAUGAAUCAUAUGGCCUAUCUGUGUCAUCAGCAAGUUUGCUCAUGUCACUCGUAAUCCCUUCGUCGGGGUCAUUAAUGUAGAUUAUGAACGGGGGGGGCCUGAGAUUGAUCCUUUUGGAGCGCCGCUGGUGACUAGUCCCCAUUCAGAUUUGACACUUAUGUACAGUUUAGGAUUCAAAUUAGACAAGUUUAGAUUUAGAAAGGAUAUAGGAAAGUACUGGUUUAGUAAUAGGGUAGUUGAUGAGUGGAACGGUCUGCCUAGUAAGCUAAAACCUUGGGUAGUUUCAGAUUUAGGUUGGAUAAGUACAUGUGUGAGAGGGGUUGGAUAUGAGCGGGACUUGCACGUGAGUAAAUGGAAUUGUCAAAGCUUAUUGCUUGGGUAACAUUUAUUCUGUUAGUGAGUUGGACUUGCGAAGGACCUGCCUAGUAAGGGCCAAUAGGCCUGCUGCAGUGUUCCUCCUUUCUUAUGUUCUUAUGAGCUACAGGCUGUGUCAUUUUUGCCAGAGGAUAUAUGCAAAAUGGUAUUCUGUCAAACAUGAUUAUGUUUUUGCAUUUUUUACACGAUACAUGCUUUGUGUGUUUACAUGCACUCACAUAAUCACGCACACAUACGUACAUAUGUACUUAUAUACACACAUGAUAGCUAUGAAAUUUUUGCUCUGAAAUUUUAACAUUACUAAAGUUUUAUUGACUUUAGUGAACUUAGUGGUAUUCAUUGGUCUUCAAGUACUUGGAAUAUAUUUUUUCAAGUGCAUGGGGUUACACAUAAAAUUUAUAUACUGUAUAUAUAUAUAUAUUACUUCACUAAUUAAAAGCAAAAUUUUAUUAAUUUCCUCAAGCUAUGGCACUAUUAAUGUUAAUUAGCAUUCAUUAAUAUUGAGGUGAUAAUUUUUAAAUAAAGAAUAUUUCAAAGACAACACAUACAUAAUGUAUCUGAAGAUAUUACAGUAAUACACUAUAGUAUACCAUAAACCUUAUCCCGGAUAUUUUGAUGUUAGUGACCUAAGAUUAGUUUAUGGUACUCUCGUAUAUUAUCUUCAUUUCAUGUGCACUUUAUCUGAUAAUACUGUAUUUGAACACUGUUUUAUGUUCUCCAUGUUUUCAUGGUAGAUUUAAUUUAAAUGGAAUUAUAGGUUUCUUUAGCCUAAUGGCAUUUAGCUUAACAUAAAUUCAUUGGGGAUAAAUACAUUAAGGAAGGCACCCAACAGCCUGGUUGACCAGGCUCACACCAGACUAGUCUGAUCCAUUGCCGGGCUCUGAGAGUAGUAAGACUCUCGAAACUCAUCGAAGGUACCCAUUAACAACCACCUUUACUCCAAUUAAGGGCAAAUGUUUUGGUGACUCACCUCAGUCUGGUGGGUCCAUUCAUGUCCAGAACCAUCAAAGGUACUAACCAAAGGCAGAUGUACUAUGAAACUAAUGAAGCUUGAGUUUCAGGGCCCCUAAUCCCAGAGGGGCCUCAGAAGCAACUUUAACCCACAUUGCUUAAAAGUUUUGGGUCUAUUGUAUGAGAAGGGGUUGCAAAGAGGCCCCCUAUAACAGGUCAAACUUCAGGCCCCCAGAAAUGUAGGUUUGCCACCGGUACCAACACAUUGACUAGGCUUGUGUGGUAGACUGGGGUAAACUUACUAAGCUGGUGUGCUACAGUGGUGUGGUAGACUGGGGUAAACUUGCUACCUGAAUUUCCUAUUUUGUGACUUAGUGAAACAGUGCUGUGUUUCACAUGUCUUGAAUUUUGACUUAAGAUUUUUCUAUAAAAUGCAUUUUUAUCAUUAAGCAUGUGAUGCCCCCUACCCACCUAAUAAAAAAGUUUUUCAGGUUCAAUAGAGAUUAAAUUUUUACGAUUGUCCUGUAAAACCUGUGUAAAAAUUAACGUAAGUUAACUCAAUAAAUUUAAGGACAUUUAACUUAUUUCUUAAGGUGGGUAGAGGCAUCUUGAAGACAAGAUCUCAUACUUUUAUGAUUCGUUACAUUUUCCUAUAGAAAUACUAAUAUGGAAACUAAUUGACGUUAAUAUAAAUGGUUAUGGAAAGAAGUCAAGUUGAAGAAUGAGACACUUAUGUAACAUUUUGGAAUCUUUUUCCGGCCAGUGGCUUCUUCAGUCCAAUACAGAGAAGAACAGUGGAAGAUGAGGAGUUUGAGGUAAUCAGUUCUUCAGCCUGAAGUUGAUUCCAGGCCAAAGGACUGAUUACCUCAAACUCUUCUUCAUCCUCAAUCAUUCUUCUCUGUAUUGGACUGAAGAAGCCACUGGCUGGUGAAACAUUGCCACAGUAAAGAUUCCGAGAUGUUACGCAAGUGUCUCAUUUCGUCUAGUUGAUGUUGCAUAAGCCCUCAGGGAUCUAACAUUAAAGUUAGGUUGUGGUGAAUUUCAAAAUAUAGGAGGCAUUUUCUGACGUAAAAGGUUUAAGGGGUUGGUUCAUGUCAUAUUGGGAGCUGCACGCACUGCAUGACCCAUGCAGUUUUAGCUUUUGCUUCUGUAAUAUGAUUUUAUCAUAUUGGGAACUAGUACAUGAAAAUUCAACUGAGAUGAAAGUUUGUUCUUUCAGCUUUCUUCAGUUAUCCUUUUAUAUCAGUUUCAUACAAUAUGUAAUACUUUAUACACAGUACUUGAUACUUAAACCAUUAAGGUGGUCAAUGGUAUUGUAUAUGUACUUCAUUUUGGCAGUGUUGAUACUUAAUUGUCAUUACACAAAUAACCCGCACAUAGGUGAAUGAAUGACUUCUUCAUAGUUUCAUUCUCCUAUUUGUGGGAUAUUUAUUACAGCCUUGGUAUUGUGCCUUUUCAUUCUUUGUUGUUGUAUUUCCCAAAUGUAUAGGAGGUACACUGUAUGUUUACUGGUGUCAUUUAAAAUAUUUUGAUCAACAGAUUAAUCAUUUAUAAAACUACGUACAACCAACUAGAAAUAAUGGAGCAUGACUUAAUUUUCUCCAUAAAGAAGUGGAACAGAAUUCUUCCUCCAUAAGCCAUGCGUGUCGUAAGAAGACUUUUAAUUUCAGUCACAAAAUUUCCCUCUAGUCAUUUAUUAGCAGUAAUUAUUUGUAAAGAAUUGAAUAGAAAAUCUUGACGGCGUGCUCCGUUUAUAAUAUAAUUUUAUACUUAUUGUUUUUUUAUUUAUUUGGAUUCAGGAGUUGCAAUGAGUAGCUGAUUUGUGUAUUCAUAACAAAUCCACAAAUUUGAGAUGAACUUCCGAUGGCAGUAUGGUCAGUUGCGUCUUCAAUUUUUAGCUAAAAUAUGCAUAUAAAUUGCUGACAAAUAUAAAUUAUUGACACACAUGAUUUGGCUUAAUUUUUCCCAUAAAAUGCAAUUGUAACAGCAGUUUUGAUUAAAAGUGUGAUAAUUUAUGUAUUUUAACUAAAAAAUAGAUUAUGGGCUAGACAAACCAAAAUGUCCUGUAGAGUUUCCUCUCUGAUUUGUUGAUUAGUUGUGAAUUGUUACAGCCACUGUAACAAUUCACAACUAAUAUGAUGAUGAUGAUGAUGAUGAUGGGUUGCCACAGAACAGCAUCUAAAUUAAUAUCUUCAAAUUACAAAUAGACCAAUAUUUUCAUAGUUGUUGGAUGGGGGAAGAGCACAGUUGUCAAUAACUGAGCUCCCCUCGAGCCCCAUUGGAGUGGGGAGUUUGCUGGCUUGGCUCCGCAUGACCUCAAUGAUCUGCCAUGCUCCCACUGUAGAGCAUCGGCACCAGACUGUCACUGCAAUUAUCCGUCCUGUGCCAGAGAUGGUGCAGCAACCCUAGGAUAUGUAACCCAAUCCUGAAAGAAUUAAAAGGCACAAUACCGUGACUGGAACAAUACACAAAUAACCUGCACAUGAGAGAAAGAAACUUAUGAUGCCGUUUCAGUCCAACUUGGACCAUUAACAAGUCAGACCUAAACAUCGUCAUAAGUUUCUCUCUCCUAUGGUGUGGGUUAUUUGUGUAUUAUAACCUAAUCCUCAUUCAGGAGGUAGAGAUGGGUCAUCAUCUGAUUAUGACCCAUGUCAAGGCUAUAUUUCUGAUGAAUGUAUGAACAAAAGUCGAUCUUUAGUUGACAUGUAAAUUUUCUUUCUAGUUUUUAGUUUACAUGAAGCUUUUCCAAGAAAUGUUUGUUUUAUGGCCCAUGUUUGAAAUUUUAGAUAAUCUAUUGUAUAAUGUAAGUGAAAAUGCAGCCAGUUUUCCCCGUGAGUCUUAUGCUUCAAUUAUGAAUACGUAUUUUGAAAACUUGUUUCAUAUAUACUCUUAUGAUAUUUCUGUCUAGCAUUCAAGUUUUAAUUUGAUUCAGUAAGCAUCGGGAAGAAUGUUUUAUAAGUUUAUUGUCACAUCUGGUAAGUAUAUUUAGGUACACCUACACAUACACAACUAUUAUACAUAGUAACAUAUGUGUAAAUUACCUAAGAUAAUCCAAAAAAGUCAGGCAAAGUGUUUUGAUAAUUAAUCUUUGAAACAUUAUCUUGUAAUAUAUAAUAUCACUGGGAAAAACAUUUGUCUGCAUUAUAGUUAAGGUUUAAAGUAUCAUUGUAAAAAACAUUGUAUGUUUUUUCUCCUCGCAUUGAGUAAGGCUUUUGGGUUGGAAUGUGUUGGGUUGUUGGCUGAAUUAUUUUUUUUUUUUACAUUUUGAAUCAGAAUUAAAUCAUUUAUUCCAUUAUAUAGAACUGUAGGAUGUUAUAAAUUGCAGCCAGGUCUCAAUUAGUGAGAGUUCGAAUACAGCGAAUUUUGAUUUAGUGCAAAAUUAAUUAAUGCAGGUUUUCCCUUGAACUCUUCAAAUCAUAUACAAAAGUUACAUAUAAUUUGAAUAGCACAAAUUUGAAUAAUGAAACGACAUCACAGGAUUCAUUUUUUUAACACACUGGUCGUCUCCCACCGAGGCAGUGUGACCCAAAAAAAUAAACACUUUCACCAUGAUUCACACAUGCCAGAGGCAUGCAGUUAAGACAGUUUAGAUGUCCCUAUAAACCCCUCCUUUAGAGUGCAGGCACUGUACCUGCCACCUCCAGGACUCAAGUCUGACUAACCGGUUUCCCUGAAUCCCUUCACAAAAUAAUCAUUAUUUACACCAAUUGAGACUUGGCUGUAUGUCUCCUCUGAUACUAGUAAAGGAUUCUUUUCUCCAGGGAAUUGGAACAACCCUCAUUUUCCCUGAAUCAAACCAGAUUACUUUCCAUUCAAGUACUGUGUGACCCCUACAGGUUUAGCACUUCCCUAUAAAAAUAACAAUAGUCAUAAUAUGAAUUGUCUUACAUUAUUUUUUCAGCUCUGUAGUGUUAUUGAGAGAGUAUAUCAUUUAAAGGUGAAUAUUUUGUAUAAAGGUUAAGACUAUUUGUAUAUAUCAGUAGAAUGUAAAAAUUAAAAAUAGACCACACAUGUUGCCUUAAUAUAUUUACUGCAAAUAAAUAUUUUAGCCUGCAUUAGAAUAAAAUUGUAUUUAAAUCCAUGUAACUUAUAUCCGUGGUUAAUGUUCGGGUUACUGAAUAAUUUAGCAUUAUCCUUGUUGCUCUUUGGAUCUAUAAAUGAGAAACUUUUUGUUUUUUCUUUUGCAGUCCAGUACAUGUAUUUCAAAUUUUUUUAAGUAAAUUUAAACAUUUUAAGGAAAUUUCAAUUUUUCCAUUAAAACCAAGAUUCACAAAUAACCUGCGAGUGGGAGAAUGACCACAACAUUUUGGUCCAACUUCAACAUUUACUAGUUAAUGGUCCAGUUUGGACCAAAAUGUCGUCACAAGUUUCGUUCUCAUAUGUACAGGUUAUUCACGUAUUGUUCCAGUCACAUAUUAUGCCUUUCUAUUCUUUAAAUCAAGAUUAUUUACUUGCCACAUUUGAUAGGAAGGAGCCUGAAUAUUGAGUGUAUGAAGAACAAAGAGGCACAGUACAGUAAGUCCUUGACUUACAAAUGCAUUGAGAAUCUUCUGUAGUGUGUAUAAUAUCAUUGUUAUAUCAUUAUUGUGUAUAAUAUCAUUAUUAUAUUAUUGUGUAUAAUAUCGUUUGUAAGUUGAAGACUUCCUGGAUUAUGAAUAUUAUACACAAUUCAGGAGGUCCUCAAUGUGUCUGUAAGUUGAGGACUUACUGUACUGUGACCAACAAUACACAAAUAACCCACACAUAAGAGAGGGACACUUACAACAUUUUGGUCCAUCUUUGGUCCAAGUUGGACCAAGACGCCAUUAUAAACUCCUAUCUGUGGGUUAUUUGUGUAUUGAGCAUAUGUAUUAUACAAUCAUUAUAUUAAUUUUAUACUUGAAAUGUACUGUAUCAAUUUCUAGCAACACACAAGCAGAUGUUGGUGCAAAAGCUAUAUGUAUUUCAUACUGUUUAUUGUAAUGCAGUACCGAUGCCCGAUAUAGUAUACUAUACCUCACUUGGCGGGCAUCGCACAUGACAUAAAAGGUGCUUUUAUAUCUCAUGUUGUUUGUUAUAGUGUCUAUUGCAUAUUGACAUUAAAUACAGUUUAUUUUAUCUAUGUAUUUGAAAUAUUCUAGCCUAGAAAACCUUGAAAAGCAAGCUAUUGUUUUUGGAAGGUAAACCUCGGAAAACAGUCUGUUCUUUUUAGAAAGUUAACCUCGAAAAAUGGACUGUUGUUUUUGGGAAGUAAGUCAAUAAACACAAGCUGUUGUUUUGGCAAGGGAAAGAACAAAUUUUAAUAACUUCUGACUCCCAUAUUUAAUUUAAUUUAAACCUCGUGUAUUUCACACUUGAAAAUACAAAAAAAUACGUAUUUUAGAAUUUUUUAGGUGUGUUAUUAAAGAAUUGCAAGCUAUAUAAUAUUUUAUAAUUUGUAUUUGCAUGUAGUGUUUUAUAUAUUUUUAUAAGAAUUUCACUACAUGAAUUGUAGGUGGAUAAACAUAUGUGGUAUGUGACUGGGUAUUAUAUUUGUAUGAAGUAUAUUGCACUUUUCUGUUCUCUGACAGUGGAUAGAGAAUAAAUAUACAGCAUAAAAGAAGA